AUGGCCUACAAACAGAAUCGGCGAACCAAGCCCCAGUCGGUCGGUCGGUCGGUUGUCCAGGGUCAACCGGAGAGUCUGGAACACCACGAAAUGGAGAAGUGGGUCAGCUGGAGAUUUGGCCUGCUCUGCGGCCUGCAAUUACUGCAAGGAAUUCGGAGCCUCAACUACGAGAUAAUCGUCGAUGAAAAGACCUUAAAAGUCCAAUGCGAUCCACAGGAUGACAAGGGAAAUAUCCCAUUUAACCAGAUUUUUGAUGUAAGCAAUCUAACCUUCGACAUGGCCGAUGAUCUGGAAACUUUAUACUUUAACGGCGAUGUGAGAGUAUUGAUUGACCUGCCAAAGGGUCCGAUCACAAUGCAGGCUGAUUUAUUUCGCUGGGAACGAGGCCAGUGGCUCCAAACUCCUCUUGCCCAAAAACGGAAUGACUUGUGCAAGGCUUUGAAUAAUCCGCUGGAGGUUUGGCGUCCAUUCGUCAUUAAAGUUCCCAAAAGUCAAAGGAAAUGUCCGCCUAACAAGGGGCAUAUUUACACGCUGAGCAACACGACCAACCAUGGGUUCGUGCCGCACAUGCCGCGUGUUGACAUCGCCGGUGACCUGAAGGCCGUUAUCCAUCUGAGCACCGGGAACAUAAAGACCUGUACCACGGUCUACCUCACGGUGUAUACCAGUUGAGGAGAAAGGAGAGACGAAGGGGUGGAGUGGACUGGAGCAGUGGAGGAGUGGACCCUGACAGUGGAGGAGAGGUUCGCGAGGAGAUCCCUCUAUUUGCCUAGUUUAUAGUAUGCGGCUGCUCUGUUUUUAUGGCCUGAUUUGGUGGUGUUUGCUCGGCUUCAAUGGCGCGUCCCACUGUUUAUGGCUCCCAACUAAAUGAUUGUCAAAUAAAGCGAAAUAUUUCAUAUUCAUGCACUCGAAACAGAAACACAGAAUCCGAAUGCCAGAAGUGCUUACUUGAAUUUAUUUUGUUCACUUUGUUAGUUUUUCGUUUUUUGGUUAUUUUUGGUGGCGCUGGCGAUAAGCCACCUUAGCUGGAAAUGGGAACUUAGCCCAGUAAUCGUAAUCCCCUUCUGGUAUUUGCCGAAGGAUCAGAUGCGGCGCCAUCCCCAGAUCACAGC